AUGGGAAGGAUUCUGACGUAUGGCUUUGAGUUGGUACUGGUAACGUUGGUCAAACUCUACUCCCACAGUUACUCUAAAGCGGCAGUGGUCGCGUUACUCUCAUUACCCUUCUUAGUGUUUUAUCGCGAGGUACGUGAUGGCUACUGUACGGGUGGCGUUGAAUUCAAAGCAUGGUUGCUAUGCUAUAAUAGUGAUCUUUCUGCGAAGGUUUCCGGGAAGUGGCUUCGUUCCAUUCAAGAACGAUGCUUCCAUUGGUCUCCAGCAGCUUCGGCUGCUCAGAAGGUGGCCAUGAGCAAAUUAGACCCCGAUCCAUUGCCAUACGACAAGCUGCAGUCGAAUUUGAAAGUCGUCAAAGGCCGGCUGAACCGUCCUUUGACGUUGUCGGAGAAGAUUCUCUACUCUCACAUCGAUGAACCUCACAAGCAAGAAGUUGUUAGAGGCGAAAGCUACUUGAGGCUUAGACCAGAUCGCGUGGCGAUGCAGGAUGCUACUGCGCAAAUGGCUAUGUUGCAAUUCAUUUCGUCUGGCUUGCCAAAAGUCGCAGUUCCGUCGACCAUUCAUUGUGAUCAUUUGAUAGAGGCACAAAUCGGAGGAAAGGAAGAUCUGGCGAGGGCAAAAGAUCUGAAUAAGGAAGUUUAUAACUUUUUGAGCUCUGCUGGUGCAAAAUAUGGUGAGUAUGUCUUGCAUUUUGGUGCAAUAAGUCCGUGCGCUUGCGGGAAAGCCGGUAUCCUCACGGUGAAGGGUGGAACCGGUGCCAUUGUGGAAUAUUUCGGACCAGGCGUGGAUUCGAUUUCUUGCACAGGAAUGGCGACAAUUUGCAACAUGGGAGCCGAGAUCGGCGCCACAACUUCCGUUUUCCCUUACAACCACAGAAUGCGCGAUUACCUAGUGGCUACUGGCAGGAAGGAAAUCGCUGACGCUGCCGACGAUAACCAGUCUACCCUUUUGAGUCCCGAUAACGGAUGCAAAUAUGACCAAAUUAUUGAAAUUAAUCUCUCUCAACUCGAGCCGCACAUCAACGGCCCGUUCACACCUGACUUGGCAACCCCGAUUUCCAAACUGAGCGAAACCGCCAAGAAACACGGAUGGCCGUUGGAUAUCCGCGUUGGGCUGAUCGGAAGUUGCACCAAUUCUAGUUAUGAGGACAUGACGAGAGCUGCUAGUUUAGCUAAGCAGGCCAUUGACCAUGGCUUGAAGUCGAAAACUGCUUUCACUGUGACCCCGGGAUCCGAACAAGUUCGCGCCACAAUUGAACGCGAUGGAUUGUCAAAAAUAUUCGAAGACUUCGGAGGUGUUGUUUUGGCCAAUGCGUGUGGCCCAUGCAUUGGGCAAUGGGACCGCAAAGACGUCAAGAAGGGCGAAAAGAACACUAUUGUUACAUCUUACAAUCGUAACUUUACUGGGCGAAAUGAUGCCAAUCCUGCGACCCAUGCCUUCGUCACGUCUCCCGACAUCGUCACUGCUCUUUCCAUUGCGGGUACUUUGGACUUUGAUCCCCUGAAGGAUACCAUCAAGGGAAAAGAUGGCAAACCGUUCAAGUUGGCCCCGCCCAAAGGCGAUGAAUUGCCGACGCGUGGAUUCGAUGCAGGGGAAGACACUUUCCAGCCAGCACCGGCAGAUGGAUCCAAAGUGAAAGUGGACGUAGACCCGAAGAGCAAUAGAUUGCAAUUGCUGGAUCCCUUCAACAAGUGGGACGGGAAAGAUCUAACUCUAUACCGGCACAACUAA